GUUGGCAACAAGGGUAUGUAUGUGUGUGUGUGUGACACUUUUCUUUUGCAGAAAAAGAGAGAGAAGGCCAAGAUUGGUAGGUACCCUACAAAGCACGAGCGAGCCCUCCAUCCCUCCCUUCAUAUUCAGCAACAAUCCAAACAAAUUAGAAUCGAAUCGAAUCGAAUCAAAUCAGCGUUGAUUAUCAGAUCAAGAAGCAUCAGGAGAAAAAUGUGGUUUGUGUAUGUGUGCGAUGAAGGGGAGAAAGAAUUGGGAAGGCAACAAGCGCCAGGGUCAUGCCCUUACUGCGGUGGCAAGGUUGAAGCCAUGGAUGUUGAGAUCCAAUGGAGGUGUUGCUUCUUGCCCAUGUGCUUCAAGAUCAAGAGGAAAUUCUUUUGUACCCUUUGUUCCAAACGCUUAGAAUUAUAUUAUUAAUUAAUUAAUUAGUUCAUAAUAAUUAUGACUUCCUUUGUGUAUCUGUGUGCUUAAUUUUGUGGCUCUCUAGAUUCUAGAACUAGGCCUCUUUAUUCAUCCUCAUGUAAAUGGAAGUUGAACUAGUGUUUGCUUUUUCUUGCUUUUCUGGGUUCUCUUCUUUCUUAUUGUUCCCCUGUAAAUCGUGAUCCAGAGUUUUGCUGCCAUUGACAAUUGACACGUAUAUAUUAUGGCUUUUUCUCA